ACCACUAACACCACCAACAAACCCUGAGCAACAAGCAAGCAAGCAAGCAAGCAAGCAAGGAGGCAACCAAGGAAAACCUUUUCCUUGCAAGCAACACACGGCAGCAGCAGGGUCCGUUAGGGAGACGCCAAGACACGCCGCAGCGACAACCAAUGUUUACACGCAGUCAGCUGAUUGUCACUGGAGGAAGAUCGCAUUAAUACCAUAUGCUAUGGAGAGUGAAAUCUUUAAUCCAUGUGUGGCACAAAACAGCAGUGAUAGUAAAGAAGAGAAUAAAGAUAAAAAGCAGCUAAGUGUGCCAGCCUUGCACUUGAUAACUUCAUUGAUUUGUGGCCAUCAACAAAGUCUACAUCUUGUUGAAACUAAACUGAAAGAACUUUUACAACAUCAAGAAGUUUUGAGUGAAGGAGUGCAGAGUGAAAAUGAGAGAUUUAAGAUUGCUGAAGCCACUUUUCAUUUACCAACAGUGUUUCAAGAAAUUUCUACAUACAAUCAGAAGUUAAUCCAACUUAAGGGCGAAAUGGCUGCUGUUACUGAGAGAACUUCACGACUGAAGAAAAGGGCAAUGCGACUCCAGCAGCAGCAACAGCAGAAGGCCCUGAACCAAGAACAGGAGAGAGCACGUCAAGCUGAGCGGGAGAAACUUCUAAUUGCUCAACCAGUUUGGGCAACAAAGCAUAAUGAUUCUUGAAUCAUAGUUACAUAUACAUAUAUACUUAAGGGAUUCCUUAAACAAAAGAUUGGUAAGCAAGACAGUCCAUAUUUUAUUUUAUACAUUUUUUUUUCUUUUUAUCAAAGAAUGCCAAGUGUUGUGUGGAUCCACACAGAUUAUUCUUGGCUCAACUCAAGAUAUUGUUCCUUUUAUAUCUUGCUACUCACAAGUAUUUUCAGCAGAAUGCAGAUUUUAUUUAAUUUAUGAACAUCAAUAAAAUGAUGAGUUGGUACUCAGUAGUUCUAAAGGAAUCAUUGACACAACCACACAGUUUGUAUUUACUGCUACUAUUAGUGAUGGUGUUGCAGUAACAAUACAGUUUGUACACCAAAAAUACAUUCAUAUAGUGUGUGUGGAAUACGUGCUGACUUCUUGCUUUAAAAAACUAUCAGUGAUUUAGUUGUGUAUUUCAUCAAUUCUUUUAUGGGAAAUAAUCAAAUUCGUGAUUGAUAAGUAAUACUGGAUGGAGAUAUGCAAUUUGUGAAAACUGCUAGUAUCCCAACUUGCUCUUUGUUCAGUUGGCUGAGCUAGGAUUCCUCUUAGCUGAACUUUUUAAGCAAGAUUCUUCUGUCUUAUGAGACACAAAAUAAUGCACUCAUAAUAUGAAUAUGAUAUGUUGCAUACCCUUUAAUAUACACAAACUGUGGCUUUCAUAUCAGCAAGUACAAUUUUAUCAUCAAGUUACAUAAAAAACAGGAUAAACCAGUAUUGUCACAUACUCUGCAAAUACAAAUUUAUGUUAACUCUGCAUACAAAGAAUUGUAUUUUGAUACAUUAAUAACUCUCAGGGUAAAGUUUUUCCUCUCUUUUUGUUUUAAAGUUACUGACUGGAUUAUAAAUAAAUAUUUAGACUAUGUAAUAUUUUAGAACAAAAUAUUUAACUGUCCUUUUACUCUUGGUCCUCUGCCUGUAAAAUUUUCAAGUUUGUAUAGUAGUACAAACCUGACUAAAAGGAAGAUAUAAGAUGUCUAAAUCUUCCAAGAAACUUGAAAGGAUUGUCUGAAGAAUAUGUCUUAAGAUGGCCAGAAUAAUGUCAAGUCAGUGCUACAUAUGUCAAGUGUUUAAGUUGGAUAACAUUAAACAUUACAACAAAACCUUACAAAAAUGUUAAAAUAUUGAGGGAAAAUAAGAUAGAUGCUUUUAUGAUGAUUGGUUAAGAUUUUAAUUAAUAAGUUAAAAUAUUAGGUUGUCUCAAAAACAAACAAGCAGUCAAAUUUUUGUAUACUGCCUCUUAUUAUUCUUCAUAUUGUUUGCUAUGAUGGGCCCAAGUCAUUACUGUUGUAAUGCUACAUUUUUCCUCUGGAAAGGUGAUGAACAGUUGUAAUUAUUUUUACCUUGGAGGAGAUCACUAUAAUUCUUAAAAAAAAGUGCCCUGAUGUCAGAUCUUGCACCAUGUCACUUACAAGCAAGCAGAUUUCUUGGUCCAAAUGGCACUGCUUUAUAAGUUCUACAAUGCUAAGUUUAUAAAAUGUUUCCCCCCUUUCAAGGAAAUGACUUGAGAGAUGCCGUGUUACUUCCAUUUCUUUGUGCAUGUCCAUUGUUUUCAGGAACAUCUGAGAUGGCAUCCUCAUUAGUUGUUUCACCUUCAUCCAAUCCUGGUUAGGUAGCAUGUCUCAAACGAGAUCAAGUGUCUUAAUACAUACUUAUAAUUAAAGAUGCCCUUGUGCCAUUUUGAUAGGUUAUGCCAAGCACAUGGUUGUCAAAGGCAAGAUAUACUCUCUGUGUGUAUAAGUCCUGUGCACAACACAGCAAUAUGUGUAAAUGCUGUCAUGAGCAGCUUAAAUUUGGUACUUGAAUUGGUGCUAUGUGGCUACUUUGUCAAUCACAAGCUGCACAGUGUUAUAUUUCCAUUAUAUCUUCACUAAAACUCCAUGUCUAUGAUGUAGCAUUUCCUUGGGGCAGUCCUGAUGAUCCUCGGUCUUGAACAAGAUGCAUAGUCUGGAGAUGACCACAAUAUUUUUAAACUUUCUUGAAGCCUCUAAGAUUCAUGAAACUUGACAGCCAAUAUCAUGAAGCUGACAUUCUUGAAACUUCAUAAUUUUGCAACCCUUGCUCAUAUCAUACUUCACAUGUAAGUGAAAUUGCCCACAUCUAGCUGGACUUUAAUUCUUGACACUGAUCAGCUGACAUGGGUUACUUACUAAUACUUCCUAGUCCUUGUGAGCAGGCUCCUGGACUUCCCAGCACCUCCUAGCAGGCAUCAACUUUACACCAGUACACAGAGGCAGCCAUUGCCCAUAUCACAGUCUUGUUCAGUGAAAAUCCAGCUUAAAUAAGGCAGCAGGGCAUGAGUGCUCUUCAAACAGUGCCCCUCACCUUUUGUCGCAGUGCACACUACACAUCCAGUCAUCCGUAAAUCUACAAAUAUUCUUCCCCUCCUAAUAACAUGCACCAACUAGUCUCAUACUAUACUAUAGUAAUAUGAAUUAAAUAUAAAUAUAUAAAACUAAAUUAUGUGUUACAGCAGGAGGUAUUGCUAAACAGGGAACCAUGAGGUUACACCUGUCAUGUCCUCUACUCCCUGCACAUGUGCAAGCACCAGACUGUGGGAAUGCCAGAUAGUUCUGGUUCCCAGGCAGAGAGAGGCACCAGGUGUGACACAAGUCAGUCCAUGGUGAAACACCAGAGAGAGAGAACACACACGUCAGCUGAGAGAAGUAGACAUUGAGUUGAGCAGCUGAGGCAACAGCAGUAGCAGUGGGAUGAGUCUGGUGCCCAUGGGUCUGAGAGCAGCAGCAGCCAAGCAGCUGGCAAGCAGAUGUGAGGUGCACAUGUGGUAACACACAUUGGCAAACCACUGGAGGUCAGGUAACCACUGGAGGUCAGAGGUAAAGCCUGCCUGAAAGACCACAGAGGAAGACAUCCUGAGACAGUAGCGGGACAAGUCCUGUGCUCAUGGCUCUGAGACAGGCGGCAGAGAGGGCAGAAGCCAGCCUGACAAGGACACUGAGGUGGACAUCAUUGGCUAGCUGCGAGGAUUACCUGCUGCUGAAGGUAGAGACUGGUGGAGCCUCUGAGGUGUCUGCUGUGUACUGAGAGCCAACCUGAGGAAGAACUGUGUGAGGAAGACAUUCUGUAGCUGCUGGGGAAGUGCAGCUGAGAGACUGAGGCUGGAGGAACCUCUGUGGUGCCUGCGGUGGUACCAGAAGCCAACAGGAUGUUAUACCACAAGCUGUGAGUCGUGUCAUCUCUCACGUACGUGUUCUGUGUGGACAUCAGAGUGACUGUGUUCUGUGGGUGCAUGUGGGUGGUGUGUGUGCUGCACUUAAGACUCAGUGCUCUGCCUGUGUAUUUGGUACCUGUAGUAUCCUGUAUGUCACAAAAUAAGUGUGCCCUGUUCUUUAGUGAGGAAAUAUACCCCUGUGCUGUGCA